UAUAUAUAUAUAUAUGUACACACAAAUGCAAGUCAUUUAUGUAUAUAUAUCUCUUCUCCUCUUUAGAGACAGACAAAAAAUAUCCCACAAGUGUCUUAUUCUCACUUGUGAAUUAUUUUUGUUUUUCUCCCGUAAUUAAUAUCUACAAAAUUGUUUGUUCAUCCACACAUAUAUAAGCAAAAUAUAUGCCAAAUAAGAAGAAAAAAAAAAAAAAAAAAGGAAGGUCCCCACUUUUGUCUUAAAAGAUAACCACAAACCGCAGAGAGAAAUCAAAUAGACAAACGCAGUUUAACUUGAAGAGUCCUGUCCUCCACAUCAUCACGUCUCUCCCACACACAAAUUUAAAGAAGACACAAUUGACACCGGAGACUCCUCAGAUGCAUCGACUGCUACUGGAAUCCCACGGCGGCGGGAACGAGACGAGCGGCGGCGGCGGAGAUGGGUACAUGAGAGACAUGAACUUCGACGCAAACAUGGUGAUCAUACUUGCAGCUCUUCUGUGCGCGUUGAUACUAGCGCUUGGGCUGAAUUCGAUUCUCCGAUGCGCGAUGCGAUGCGGUUUCGGGUUAUCAUCCUCUGCAGCGGGAGGGGCGGUGGCCGACAGAAGUGGAUUAAAGAAGAGAGAACUGAAGAAGUUUCCUGUAGCUGCGUACGGGUCGGGGGAAGUGAAGAUAGCGGCGACGGAAUGCGCAAUCUGUUUGGGAGAAUUCGCGGACGGCGAGAGAGUCAGAGUGCUGCCGCCGUGUAAGCACAGCUUCCACAUGUCAUGCAUCGACACGUGGCUUGUCUCUCACUCUUCAUGUCCCAAUUGUCGGCAUUCACUCAUCGAGGUCCACGUGGUGGGAUCAGAGUGAUUUAAUUAUCGUGGUGGGGUUAGGUUGGCAGUAGUAAUCAUAAUUAAGAGUUUAAUGGCUAGAUUAUCAAUUAAUGAUAUGGGUACGUACAAUCUCUUUACUCUUUAGUCUUCAGUUCGUACGAUUUAUUUACUACUACUCCCUAUGUUUUAGUAGCGUAUGUUUUAAAAGAUACGAAUGAGGCCGAACUACUUUGGGCCGUUAGUAGAAAAGCCCAUCUUGGUGUUUGUUAGGCUUAGGUUAUGUCGCCGCCCUAAUUGACAAGUGAGAGAGAUGAAGAUGA